CAAGCACUCGAGAUUAAAGUUCAUCGGAAAGGGAGUACGACAAAAGGACAACGUGGUGAGGACCGCCUCGUUCAGACCGGACUAACAAAAACAGCAUCUAAACCACAGCGCGCUGUCGUAACUGACUUUUACUCCUUAAACUAGAUGAUAUUAUUGCUCUCUAACCCCGUUAUUUAUAAUUUUGCCCUCGCUUUUCUUCGCUAAUCAGUCGUCGCUCGCUCCCUACUCUAAACCCUAAGCCAAACCCCCUCCCCUCCCCAAUCAUCAAUGGCUUCCCAAUCUCUCCACCACCACUUCGCCUCCCUCCGCCUCCGCACCCGGCAACCGCUCAAGCCUUCCCCGCGCCCCCUCACCGUCGCCGCCUCGAAGAACCCGCCCCUCCCAGGCCGCAAGCUCCGCGCCGCCGUCAUCGGCGGCGGCCCGGCCGGGUCCUCCGCCGCCGAGUCCCUCGCCUCCGGCGGCGUCGAGACCUUCCUCUUCGAGCGCAGCCCCUCCUCCGCCAAGCCCUGCGGCGGCGCCAUCCCGCUCUGCAUGCUGGACGAGUUCGACCUCCCGCACAGCCUCGUCGACCGCCACGUCACCGAGAUGAGGGUCAUCUCGCCGUCGAACAUCACCGUCGACUUCGGCAAGACCCUGAGGCCGCACGAGUUCAUCGCCAUGCUCCGCCGCGAGGUCCUCGACUCCUUCCUCCGCUCGCGCGCGGAGUCCCGCGGCGCAGAGCUCAUCACCGGCCUGGUGACGGAUCUGGAGCUCCCUCGCUCCUCCUCCUCGCCGUACGUCGUCCACUACACGAGCGGCGGCUCGAAGCGGAGCCUAGCCGUCGACGUCGUAGUCGGGGCCGACGGCGCCAACAGCCGCGUCGCGAAGUCCAUCGGCGCCGGGGAGUACUCCUACGCCAUCGCGUUCCAGGAGAGGAUCAGGCUCCCGGACGAGAAGAUGAAAUACUACGAGAACCUGGCCGAGAUGUAUUUGGGGGACGACGUGUCGCCGGACUUCUACGCGUGGGUCUUCCCGAAGUGCGACCACGUGGCGGUGGGGACCGGCACGGUCCGGUCCAAGCGCGAGAUCAAGGCCUACCAGAGGGGGAUCAGGGAGCGAGCGAGGCCGAAGAUCGAGGGCGGACAGGUCAUCAAGGUGGAGGCCCACCCGAUCCCGGAGCACCCGCGGCCGGUCCGGGUAAGGGGGCGGGUGGCGCUCGUCGGCGACGCGGCGGGCUACGUGACCAAGUGCUCCGGCGAGGGGAUCUACUUCGCGGCGAAAUCGGGGAGGAUGUGCGGGGAAGGCAUCGUGAAGGCGUCGGAAGGAGGGGCGAGGAUGGUGGGCGAGGAGGACCUGAGGAGGGAGUACUUGCGACAGUGGGACGACAGGUACGUGAGUACAUAUCGGGUGCUGGAUCUGCUGGAGAAGGUGUUCUACGGGAGCAACUGGGGGAGGGAGGCGAUGGUGGAGCUGUGCGGCGGCGAGUACGUGCAGAGGGUGUCGCUGGAGAGCUACAUGUACAAGAGGCUGGUGGAGGGGGACCGGUGGGAGGGCGUGAAGAUGGCGGCGAGCACGGUGGCGACCCUGGUCAGGUGCAAGAUCAUGAGCGGCGAGAUGGGCCGCCUGAAGGCCAUCGCCUAGCCGGAUUCGCAUCCGCCGAUUUGGUUGUCAAGGUGGUAGCUUUUUUCGGUCUGUGGAGUGUUUAUCUCCUUUCUGUUUAUUGGCUCCUGCAAACUUUUCCACGAUCAGGACGCAAGCUUCCAACCUAUCGUAAAGAAGCGUUGCACUUUAACAAAAGAAGUUCAGAACUAGUUUGGGCGGUGGAAAUCAACGUUAUUAAAAUUUCAUGCCCCCCGUGAACAUGUUUAUUUACGGUUUUAUCCCUUUGGUUAUCUCUUUGUUUUAAUUUAGUAGGAUCUGUCUCAGGAAGGAACUGAAAGGGAUACCGAAUGUACUUUUCUAAUCAUAUAUAUAAAUAUUUUUUGGUAAA